AUGGGGUCUCCAGAUGGGGCACCAGAUGAGAAGCCGGAUGCGCCGAAAGGCGACGAAGACUAUGAGACGCUGAAAUAUCAGCUGCUGGGACCCUCUUUAACCAAAGCGGGCCAGGAUGCAGUUGAUCAGCAAAAGGUUUCAGAAAUUAUCUACAAUGCCUCAAAAGGGUCAAAGUUCUUCGACCAUGAACAAGAACGCGACCGCAACCUCACGGUCAAGAUUCAGCGGAUCCUCAAAGAAAAAGCCCGGCUAGAGAAGCUGGACUUGAGUCAUGACCUCCGCCGAGCAGAUGAGUAUCUCACCGAACUUGAGUUGAGUCGUGACCUAUCCCAAUACAUCAUUCAUGUGGAUUGCGAUGCAUUCUUCGCGGCCGUCGAGGAACUCGAUCACCCAGAGCUCAAGACAGUUCCCAUGGCUGUCGGAAAAGGCGUGCUCACCACCUGCAACUAUGAGGCGAGGAAAUUCGGAGUCCGCAGUGGUAUGGCCUCCUUUGUUGCCAAAAAGCUUUGUCCGGAGCUGGUUCUCCUGCCACAAAACUACGAGAAAUACACGGCCAAGGCGAAGGAGAUCCGCGAGAUCAUGGCGCAGUACGACCCCCUUUUUGAAAGUGCGAGCAUUGACGAGGCGUAUCUGAACAUAACCGCAUACUGUUCUGAAAACGAACUCGACCCGGAGGAAGCCGUUCAACGUAUGCGCGCGGAGAUUCUGGAGAACACAAAGGUUUCAGUGUCUGCAGGAAUCGCUGCCAACGCCAAAAUAGCAAAAGUUUGCUCCAAUAAAAACAAGCCGAACGGACAAUUUCGAGUGCCUAAUGAUCGGACUGCCAUCAUGGAAUUCAUGCGGGAUCUACCUGUUCGCAAGGUCAAUGGCGUUGGUAGAGUAUUUGAGCGAGAGCUUGACUCGAUUGGCAUCAAGACAUGUGGAGACAUCUACCCACAACGGGCUUUGUUGACCAAGCUAUUUGGUGAGAAAGCAUUCCAAUUUCUGGCACAAUGCUACCUCGGCCUGGGACGCACAAAGAUCGAACCCGUUGAGACCCACGAGCGAAAGAGUGUCAGUACCGAGACCACCUUUCAUGCGAUCGAAGACAAGGAGGAACUUCGGAAGAAGCUCCGCUGGGCGGCAGAUGAGUUGGCAAAAGAUCUAGAACGAACACAGUUUAAGGGUCGUACACUCUGUCUGAAAGUGAAGCUUCACACAUUUGAAGUCCUCACGCGACAAACGGCGCCCUCUCGGGCUGUUUACCGAGCGAAUGACCUCUACGCAUUUGCCUUGCCAAUGUUGGUCAAGUUGGAGAAAGAAAUCCCGGGGAUGAAGCUGCGACUUCUAGGGUUGCGAGUGUCGAACUUGGUCAGCACCAAAAAGCUCGGGAUCAACUUCUUCGGGGUGGCACAGCCAAAGCCCAUCCCUGCUCAACCCCCAAACACAAAUGCUCACGUAUGCGACUCCAAUGUCGAGCACGAUAUUGGGGCCGAAGAGGCUUUCGAAAAUGCUGCUCGGCAAGAGCAGCAGGAUGAAAUGAACGACCUAGAGCAACUGAGUCAAGAGGCAGCUGGGCUUUCCGUGACUCUAGACCCUCCGGGUGCCGAGACUACUGAGACUACUGUGAGCACUACGGCUGAAUCAGUUGACCCCCAGCCUGAGCAGUGGGAAUGUCCUAUCUGUGGUCGACCGCAAGUUGCGGAUGACCGAGUCUUCAACGAUCAUGUGGACUUUUGUCUUUCAAAGCAAACCAUUCGUGAAGUGGUUCAAGACAGUACUUCGCAAGAAGCGACCCCGAUACCCGCUAACAACAAGAAGCGCAAGACACAAGCUCAGCCGUCGUCUGCAGACGUUGACCCACGGCAGAAACGCCUUUUCUUCAGUUGA